AUGUCACAAGCUGCAGUGCCAAAAUCGGCUGGCAAGACCAAGUUUGCGCUCAAGACGCCUAAGGGCACUAAGGAUUGGGGUGACAAGGAUAUGGUGAUUCGCACCAAGCUGUUCGACACUAUUUCGUCUGUAUUCCGUCGCCACGGUGGUGUUACUAUCGAUACUCCUGUUUUCGAGCUUCGUGAAGUUCUGACUGGAAAGUACGGUGAGGACUCCAAACUCAUUUACAACCUCGAGGACCAGGGCGGUGAACUGACCUCGUUGCGUUAUGAUUUGACCGUGCCUUUUGCCCGCUAUGUCGCAAUGAAUGGUAUCCAGGCCAUCAAGCGUUUCCACAUUGCCAAGGUCUAUCGACGUGAUCAGCCUGCUAUGACAAAAGGCCGCAUGAGAGAGUUCUAUCAGUGUGAUUUCGAUAUCGCUGGUGUUUAUGAAUCAAUGGUUCCUGAUGCCGAGAUUUUGUCUAUCGUCGUUCAAGUUUUGAAGGAGGUUGGAAUCCCCGACUUCACCGUCAAGGUCAACCACCGUAAGAUUUUGGACGGCAUUUUCGGUCACUGCGGUGUUCCCGAAGACAAGGUCCGCACCAUUUCCUCUGCUGUGGAUAAACUCGAUAAGCUUCCCUGGGACGAGGUUCGUAAGGAGAUGACGGAAGAGAAGGGCCUCGAUGGCGAGAUUGCUGAUAAGAUUGGCAAGUACGUUCAGCUCAAAGGCACCAUUCCUGAGAUGAUCGAAAAGCUCUCUUCUGACGAAGAUCUCAUGACCAACGAGUCUGCGAAACAAGGUGUAGAGGACUUCAAAACCAUGCUGCCUUAUCUUGAGGCGUUUGAUGUCGUUCCCUUCUACAGCUUUGAUCUUUCUCUUGCUCGUGGGUUGGACUACUAUACUGGCCUCAUUUACGAGGCAGUUACGGCAGCUUCUGCUCCUCCAGAGGAAGCCGGCGACGCCAAGAAAAAGAAAAAGAAGAACGACGAUGACGAUGCCAGUGAAAGUGUCGGUGUCGGCUCUAUCGCUGCCGGUGGCCGCUACGAUAAGCUUGUCGGCAUGUUUGCAUCAAAGAAGAACGGCGACAUUCCUUGCGUUGGUAUCUCUUUCGGUAUUGAGCGUCUCUUCUCUAUUAUCAAAUCUCAGGGCCUCUAUGACCAUCUUCGCCCUACUGCUACCCAGGUGUUUAUCCUCGCCUUUGGCGGAGGCCCGGAGUGGACUGGUUUCCUUCCUGAGCGUAUGAAGGUAGCGAAAAAGCUUUGGGAGGCAGGUAUUGAAGCCGAGUUCAUCUACAAGUCCAAACCCAAGCUUCAAAAGCAGUUCGAGGCCGCUGAGAAAAGCGGUUGCCCUCUUGCUGUUAUUCUUGGUCAAGAAGAAUUCAACAAAGGUGUAGUAAAGGUUAAAGAGUUGGGCCUGGGCGAACAAGAUAAGGGCGUUGAUAUCUCUGUUGAUGAGAUGGUCGACUACGUUCGCAAGAAGCUCGAGAGCUUUUGA